AUGAAACACCUACAAGCGUUUGUUUUAAGUCUUUUGUUACAAUUUGCGGCGUGUAUAGACUAUGAUGGAUGGAUGAAUAUAAAAAUUCAGCAUUCAAUCAACUGUGGUGGCGAAAAGUACUGCGCUAGAGGUACUAUUUCCUUACAAAGCCUCAGAGCUGGGACUCCCAUAAUUGAACAGAUGCAAUUUAAUGAGCAACACAUAAAUGAAUUGAAUGAAUUGGCAGCAGUUAAUGGUUUUUACACUAUCAGGUCUUUAGUCACUACUGCUGAUACCAAAGAAAGUGAAUUUUUAUCAUCUGUUAAAGCCAAGACUUUUCUGGAUAAUGGACUUUCUGAUGUUAUAAAUGCAUGGGUUCUACCAAAUGGAGCAGUAAUUGCAGUCAGUUUCCAAGUUAAUAACUCAUCUCAGACUCGUUUACCUAGAAAUGUGGGCAGUGUCAAUAAAAUAACAUCAAACUUCUACUUACGCCAAGUUGAACCAGCAGCAGUUCCAGAUACAGCUUCAUAUAUACAGAAGUUGGAGCGGGAAAGAGAAGCAAGAGAGAAGGGAGAGUUAAAAGACAAUAGGUCAUUUUUAGCUAAAUAUUGGAUGUACAUUGUGCCAAUUGCUAUAUUUGUUAUGCUAUCUGGUGCCACAAAUCCAGAAACACCAGCUCAACCUGCACGU